UGCGCGAGCCUGUCAAACACAGAAGUUUCCACGGGCGCGUGCGGGAGCGGGGGACGCCGCCAAUUAAACACUGAAUUAUAAACUAAUAAACACAAAUAAAAUCGCGAGUGAAGUGCGUUUCAGUCAAACGCAACACACCGCAGCGGCUCUCCGUGAAGGACUUCCCAAACGCCACAAGCACGCAAAACUGCUGAUACUCACCUGGAAACCGUAAAAACAGGAUAAAAACACAACAUUAGCAUCUAUGCUGUGAAGAUACUGGAACUUAAAGAGCAGCUGCCCAGCUUACGCCAGUGCUGAUUCAGGCAACUGGUCUAUUCUGAGGGAUUCCAGAACAUUUUUAAAGAUCAAUUGGUCUCUGACAAUCACUUUUAAGCAAUUUUUGAGCAACGAUCCAAGAAAAAAAUCAGAGGCCCUUGCUUUUAAAUGAACAUUGAGGCUAAGAGGCUAAGACUAAAAGACUUUCACCUUAAUAUUUGCAAAAGAUGUUUGGAUGGCUGUAGGUGCCUGCAUCACUGAAGGAACUUCUAAUACAUAAUCAAAUUCAUCAUGCGCCUGGAGGUGAAGGUUGCGUUGAACUUCAUCGUGUCCUAUUUGUACAACAAGCUCCCACGGCGGAGGGCGGAUCUAUUUGGCGAGGAGUUGGAGCGAAUCCUAGUGUCCCGGUUUGAUGGUCACUGGUACCCAGAGGCUCCUCUGCGUGGCUCUGCCUUCCGCUGCCUCUAUCUGGGGGCUCCCAGGGACCCUGUGGUGGAACUGGCAGCCAGGAGAAGUGGUCUGGACACUGAGGAGGUUCAUGCCAAUGUUCCUCCAGAGCUCAGCAUUUGGAUAGACCCUUUCGAAGUGUCCUACAGGAUUGGGGAGAAGGGUGUGGUGAAAGUCCUGUACAUGGAAGAUCCACCAGGUUUAGGAGGUGACGCUGAAAGAGCUGAUGUUGUGCUCAAAGGAGAUGUAGAGUUUGAGGAAGUCAAGAGUCUGGGCUUUAACCCAGAAGCUCAGGUGUUUGUACCUAUCGGUGGCCAGGUGUCACCAGUUAUGCUCUCCAGUUCACCAAGUCCAAUUUCUACCUCAUCUUGUCCAGGGAUGUUCGGUUAUGGCACUCCCAGCACUCCCACCAACACCAGCGCUCAUUCCUCCAACACUUCCACUCCUUCGCCACCCAACUUGGUUUAUCCUCCAUCUAACUCUAGGCCCACACCACAGCCAAUUACCUUCACCACAGCCAGCUUCGCUGCCACCAAAUUUGGCUCCACAAAGAUGAAGAAGUGUGGAAACCCUGGAGUUUCCUCCAGUUCUGGCAUUAAUAUCGUAGCAACCCAGCAGAGGAUGAUCACGUGCUCCCCCACCACCAUCUCCCCUCCAGGACUGGUCAAGCACAAACCCCUCUCCCUGUCCAUGCACUGUCUGACUGGACCAGUCCCAAGCCAACUGUCUCCUACUGCCAAAGAAUUUGUGUUUCCUGCAUCGCAGAGGCUCCUUUACUUUGAUGCUGAAGUUCCAUCGAUGACCCCAUUCCCAGCUCCGCACUCUUCCUUCGAUCCGUUCUCCAGUCCACCGCCAGGUCAGGCCGUCGGAAUCAUUGGAAGCAACAGUGGAAUUUCAUUCAUGGACAAAUCACCAUUUGUGGAAGGACUGGGAUACAACCUGCAAUAUUCCGCCCAGCCUUUCCAACCUGUGGUGUUGGCGAACUAAAGCCUAAAGUUGCACAGACCCACCAAUGACCGAAGUUCCUCCAAUGACCCAGUUCUAGAGCCAAUUCAAUACAAUCUCCAGUCCACGUCCAGGCCAGGCUAUCAAGAUAUUUUGAAGAAAUAGUGGAAUUUCCUUCAUGGGUAAACCAUCAUUUGUGAGAUGCAACAUGCAGUAUUCUGGCCAGGAUUUCCUACAAGUGGUGUUGGCCAACUUAAGUCGCAAAGCUGCAGAGACUUAUCAAUGACCCCAUUAGGUACAUUUUUGUUCUUCAGUUCACCUCUAAGCCAGGCUGUUGGGAUCAUUGGAAGAAGUAGUGGAAUUAAUAAAACCACCAUUUGUGGAAGGUCUGGGAUACAACCUGCAGUAUUCCAGCCAGGUUUUCCAACCUGUGGUGGUGGCAGCAAACUAAAGUCUUAAAGAGACCCACUAAUGACCGAAACUGCACCAGUGAGCCCAUUCCAGAGCCUAUUCAAUCAAUCCUCCAAGCCAGCCUGUUGAGAUCAUUGGAAGCAAUAGUGGAUAGUUUCCUUCAUGAAUAAACCACCAUUUGUGGAAGCACUGGGAUAAAACAUACAGUAUUUCGACCUGGCUUUCCAACUAGUGGGUCAAUUUAAAUUUCAGACCCACCAAUGACCAAAGCUCCCAGAUUACCCCAAUUAAUUCCCAAUUCCAAUCUCCAGUUCACCUCUAGGUCACGCCAUUGAGAUCUUUGGGUUAAAAGUAGUAGCAUUUCCUUCAUGAAUAAAACCACCAUUUGUGGAAGGACUGUGGUACAACUUGUAGUAUUCCAGACAGGCUUUCCAUCCGACCCCUUGAGUUGUCCAACUAAAGGCUCAGAGUUGCAGAGAUCCACAAAUUACCCUAUAUACAAUUCAAUCUAUUCUUCAGUCUACCUUCAGCAGGGCCAUUGGGAGCAUAGGGGAGCAACAGUGUAAUUUCUCUCAUGGAUAAACCACCACACUUGGAAGGAUUGGGAUACAACCUUCAGUGUUCCAGCCAGGCUUUCCAACCCAUGGUUUUGCCCAACUAAAGUCUCAGAGUUGAAGAGAUCCCAAUGCUGGAACAUUUCAACCAUGACUAAUCAAGAGUAUUAUCCCCAGAUUGAGUAUUACCUGUGAUUGUUACUUUCCAGUUCUCAUGUCCGAUCUCUCGGAGUAACCAGCCUCCUGUUGCACAGUUGUUGUUUUUUUUUUCUUUUUUUUCUGUUUGUUGUUUUCAGUAAUGAGUCACUUGAGUGGGGCGUCCUUCGCUCAAGUGUUGGUCUGCUUUGAUUAGUUCUUUUUAAAUCAUAUUAUGGGGGGAAAAAAGCAAAUAUUCUCACAGGAGUCUAGGUCAGGGGUGUCCAAACUUGGUCCUGGAGGACUGGUGUCCUGGAAAGUUUAUCCCCAGCUUGCUUCAACACAUCAGCCAGGAAGUUUCUAGUACAGGGGUGUCCAAACUCUGUCCUGAAGGGCCAGUGUCCUGGAGAGUUUCGCUCCAACCGUAAUCAAACACACCUGAUCCAUCUAAUCAAUCUCUUACUAGAUAGACUAGAAACUGGCUGGUGUGUUGAAGCAUAUUGAAGCUAAACUCUUCUGGACACCGGCCCUCCAGGACCAAGUUUGGACACCCCUAGUCUAGAUGCUUAAAAGGGAUUUUGGGAUGUUUUGUUUUGAUAUAUAAUGCUCUGGAAGUAGCCACUUCGGGCUAGUUCGGUCACACCUCAGUGAGGAUUUCUGGUUAUUGUAUUGCAUGUUCUCUGAAUGAAUGUGGGUCUUGUGCUUUCGAGCUAAUGAUUAAGAGGUUGCUUUAUACUGGAAAGACAAUUCUGAAGCUAAACCAGCAUAAACACAUUGAGCCAAACUCUGGAGAAACCAGACAAUGUUUAAACCCAUGCCUAGUGCCGUCAGGAGUCAGGCUGAGGAUCGAUGUUGUAUGUUUUCAAUCGGCCAGUUCCUCUGAACUAAUAAGAUCUGAUUGAUUGAUUGGAGGACUGUGCAUGUCUGUGAAGGCAUAAGAUGUUUUUAUCAACUGCUCGAUGUCUUUGCACAUGUGACCUUUACAGAGACACUCUGAUUAGCUUUCCAGCAAGGAGAGUCAUGUUGAAUUUAAUGCGUUGUUAGUUUUACACGAUCCACAGGUCAUAAAUCAUGGAUCGAAAGAGAUGCUAGAGUGAGAAUUGCACUUUGUUUUCUGCGCUUCAGGACUCUGAAUGUUACCUCAUCUUCUCUGACUGCAGUGGCAGUGUUUUAUUGUGCUGGGAUGGAGGCUAGUCGAGAAGAUACAAAGACGUUGGACAUCACUAUUUUCCCCUCUGUGUUUUGUCCCGUCCAGUUGUGCUGCACUUUAUUUACCAGGCCUUUUGAAUCUCCCAGAAUGCCUCACAACAUAUGCUAGAUGCUAAAGGUCCUUUACCCACCCUUUAAUGGCCAGUUAUGUCUGAACUAUAGCUUCGUAAUGUAGUUUAAAGAUUGUAUUAAAUGAACUUUAGGAUGUGUGGCUGAGACUGUACACUGAGAAAAAAAAAUGAAUUAAUUUAAAAUCGUUACACCAACAUGCGUCAAGUUUCUUCAACUUAAUUUUUGCUGUUUUUCAGUGAUUAAUUUAAGUUGGAAAGUAUUUUAGGUGUAACAAUGUUUGUUUUCACUCUUUACAGUGUGUUGUGACGUUCCUCCAGCUUCAUGAAUAUUCAGUGGUUUGAUUUGGGGUGGGUGGGGUUUAGAUCUCUAUAUAUGCUACGGAUGGGUGUAUUUUUACAUUUGUUUGUAAUUUAUCGACGAUUUUCUAUAUUUUUUCGUGUUUUUUCAAAAGAGUUAUCUACAGCGUUUAUAAAACAAAUGAAGAGAUAUCUAUACGACAACGACGUGAACAUGUAUAUAUUUCUUAUGUUUGAGAUCUUUUGUUUAGUUUCUUACGUGCUGAGGUUAUUUUUUCAGAAAUAACUAUAUGAAUAUGAAUAUAUGCAAGAUGAAAUGACUAAUAAAAUUUGUUUAACAAAGAA